AAUUUACACAAAAUAAAAUAAUAGUAAACAUUUGUCGUUUCACAUUUAUUUUGGCGUAACAAAAUUUAAGUGGUAAUCGCACGAGUUUUUUGGCAUCGUUAAGUAAGUCCGGAUAAUCUCGCUUUGCCAGAUUACAAUGGCAUUCUGCAAGCUAGAACAGUAAGGAUUGGCGAAUGACAGACAAUCGUUCGCUCCUACGUGCAGUGUUUAUGUACGUACACACAAACACAUACAACUGAUAUUGAAGUGUUGGUCAGAUGAAUUGAAAUGAUUAAAAAAGCUGUUUGUAGAGCUCUUACAGUAUAAAAUGUUAUUCUUAUAGAUGGCUGUAAACAAACAAAUCGUAACUAUAGCGCAAUCUCGAAAAAUGUCAACUCCCAAUUCCGGAAAUAGUAGUAGUAGCAACAACAACAAUAGCAGCGGCAACCCAGGUAGCAAGCAGAAACAGCAGCAGGACUCUUAUAGUGACAGCAGUGAGGAGAGUAUUGAGGCGGCAGAGGAACGAAGGCGACGCAUACUAAAGAAUCGUAAUAGAAGCAGCACGUAUAUGCAAAGGUCGCACAACAAACCUAACAUGAGUGGUGGAGCGAUACCAAAACAUGAAAAGGCAACGGCUGGCGGUCCAAGCGCAUCCACUAGUAGUGCAGCUGCUGCUGCCGCCGCGGCACGUGUGGUGCCCCCCGAACGUAUCUCAAUGCUGGUGGACGGAGUGCGUUUUACAAUCGAACAGUCGCUGCUCACCGCACAUCCCAACACCAUGCUGGGCACCAUGUUCGGUACCGGCUUUCAGUUUGUGCAUCCGAAUGAGCGGGGUGAGUACGAAGUGGCCGAUGGCAUCUCUCAUCUCGUCUUUCGCGCCAUACUCGAAUACUACAAGAGCGGUCUGAUCAAGUGUCCGCCGACUGUAUCAGUGCCAGAGCUGAAGGAAGCCUGCGACUAUCUGCUGAUUCCGUUCGACGCCACUACAGUGCGCUGUCAGAAUCUAAGAGGCCUGCUUCACGAGCUGAGCAACGAGGGUGCGCGAUUGCAGUUCGAGGUAUUUCUGGCAGAUCUCAUACUACCAUUAAUGGUCGCUUCCGCACAGCGCGGAGAUCGCGAGUGCCAUGUUGUUGUGUUGCUAGAUGACGACAUGGUUGAUUGGGACGAGGAGUUCCCCCCACAAAUGGGCGAGGAGUACUGCCAGACUGUGCACAGCACUGCCAUGCAUCGUUUCUUCAAAUACAUUGAGAACCGCGAUGUGGCCAAGCAAGUGAUGAAGGACCGGGGCUUAAAGAAGAUUCGCUGCGGCAUUGAAGGCUAUCCAACGCACAAGGAGAAGGUUCGCCGUCGUCCUGGUGGACGCGCUGAGGUCAUUUAUAGUUACGUUCAACGGCCCUUUAUACAUAUGUCGUGGGAAAAGGAGGAAGCCAAGAGUCGCCAUGUGGACUUUCAGUGCGUUAAGUCAAAGUCUGUUACCAAUCUCGCCGAAGCGAAUGCCGAUCCGCCCUUGGAGUUGGACGCAAGUGGAAACCCCAUACCAGCACCACCUAUAGCGAUUGCAAACCCGCAAGGAAAUAACGCUGACAUAGGCAUUGUGGCACAAGUCGCACCUGAAAUCGUCGGAGCCGGUGCUGCAGGAAUGGCUGGCGGUGUUGGUGCAAUUGCUGCUGUCGCAGUUGUGGCAGUGGACGAAGCCGCUGGCGGUCUUGUAAUGCUUAACGAGCUGGAUCACGCUGUCGUUCCAGGCACUGCCGGGUUGGCCGACGAACAUGUAUGAGAGCGCAAAAAAUAGGGCGAAAGCGGUACACUGCCAAGAUUGCAGCACGCACAAGACACUUUAUAUACUUUUUUCAUACAUUUUUAUAAGCAAUAAAAGAAAAGCCACUAUCGAAUAAUGUCGCAUCAUAUAAUGAGACAUCCACAUA